GCUAAAAUGCUGAAGAAAGCAAAGAAAUCACGUCGCAAUGCAACAUCCUUGACAACAAAUGCAGCAACUCAGCCAGUUCAGAAUAAAUCUCCACCAUCUUCAUCAGGCGUUCAUCCCUGUAUACUCCUAAAUAUUGAUUCAGGUCCAUUGAUGCAUGAGAGAAGUACACCCGAUGAACCGCAUUCUGCUUGUGCAAAUGGUGAUGAUGAUGAUGAUGAAGAAGGCGAUGCUUUUUUAUGA